AUGGUUCUGUUCGUCGACUUGGACGAAGUUGUUGGGCGCGAUCCACCACAUCUUCAGGGCGGCAAGCUGGUAUGGGGAGGGACGCAAUCCCAAGAUGAAGUCGCAGGCACAGACACCUACUUGCCACCAGGCGGCAGGACGGGACCGGCAGGAGACGAAGGAAUGGAGGCUCACGAGCCCGCCGUCACGAAGUAUCCGAGCAGGAACCCCGUGACGGAGGCUUUGGGAUGCUAUCCUAUCGUCGUGGCCAUUGCGUCUUCCAUUGACCUAAACACCCUCGACAACCUGUCGCGGACCUGUCGCCAGAUCCGCCACGCCCUGCUCCAGUAUCGCAGGGUCCUCCUGCUCUCGACCCUCCAUUGCCUCAACGAGGAGCUCCCCGUUGAGCGGGAGGAGACACUGCGGUAUCGGGCCAGGGCGGGGAAUUGGUACUACAUGGAAGACACGGGGAGGACGAGCUACAAUGGGAAAUCCGGCCGCUGCGCCAGAGAUAUGGUCGCUGAAUGCCGGCGGUGCAAGGCGGUUGUCUGCCGUAACUGUGCCAUAAAACCGCCUGCGCCCAUUGUCCUCCGAGAAAGACACCGGCGUCUUUGCCUAGCUUGCACUCGGGUGCCGAUCGGCUACCUCGUGAAGCCAGAGCUUCCGUCAAAUGUGUCAAUACACUCAGACGCUAUGCAACAGGCGAUGUGCAAUAUCUGGAAGUGGCGCCAUCAGUAUGGAGAAUUAUUAGGCGGUCUGGGUACUGGCAUCGGCGAAGGCGAUCGAGGCGUCACCUGUGGCCGCGAUAGCGAAUGCAUCGCUGCCCGCGAGCGCGAACAAGAGACAGACUGCGACGCCGCCGACGCCCGCGAAGCCGAGAGUUUCCUGCAACUGCUAGGAACCAGCCCGAGUCCCUCUCCGCAACCCGCCGCCCCGAUACCGGCAGUGCAGUUCCCCUGGACCGCGCCGGGCGGCCACGGUAGCACCUCCAGCCUGGCAUCAACCCCUGGGACCAUACCUGGGAGCAGCACCGGCAGUUUCAGCAGCCUGAACAGCCUCUCCAGCAGCACCACGGGCCACGGCGGUGGCCACACGCCGCCCCUGCCUGCGGGGACGCCCGCGCAGCAGCUCAUGGUAGCGGAGUCGGCGGCGAGCCGGCGCACGCCCAGCCCCGGGACGCUGGGGCCCGGGUACGCGCGGCACGAGAUCGAGGGCAUCGGCGGCGUGGUCAAGACGAAGCUCGUGCAGAUGGUCAGGGUCGGGGCGUGCGUGCCCGUGUGGGAGGACGAGACCGCGUCCAGGAACGUCCUGGGCAGGGAGGUCAGCGGCAGCCUGAGGAGCUGGUGCGGGUGGUGCUGGAGGGUGAUCCCGGGGAAGAAGGACUACGAGACGGAUCGGCAGAUGACGGGGGGUGACUGCCAAAGCACGCCAUUCUCGGGCGGGAGGCGAAAGGGGAUAUCGAGCCACACCCUCAUGAGGUGA